AUGCUGCUGCUGCUGCUGUUCGCGGCGGGGGGUAUGUCGGUGGCGAGGGCAUUGCCGUUGAGCAGCGCUGAGGCGUCCUACAUCGCGCGGCGCCAGCUGCUGGCCAUGAAGGAGGCCGAGGCCUCCGCCAGCGUGAACGUCGGCGGGGGCGCCGUCGGGGAGGGCGCCGGCUUGUCGGUCGGCGGCGAAGCCAGUGACGACCUCAGAGGUGUUGGGGGUGAAGGCGGCGAGCAAGGAGCGCCCGCCAGCGGCCCGGCUGCCGGCGGUGGUGAAGUCGCGAGCGGCCCGGCAGAAGGCGGCGGUGAUGUCGCGGGCGGCCCGGCUGCCGGCGGUGAAGUCGGCGCUGAAGUCGCCAGUGGCCCGGCUGUCGGCGGCGGUGAAGUCGGCGGUGUCGCCAGCGGCCCGGCUGUCGGCGGUGAAGAAGUCGGCGCUCCUGUCAGCGGAGAAGUCGGCAGUGACGGCGGUAUCGGAGGUGGCGGCGCAGCAGACCCAGACGUCCCCACCGACUUCGAGUUCGACGACCGCAUCAAGGCCAGCUCAAAGAGCUUCGCCAACGCCCGCCUCCGCCGUGCAUACAUCGCGCUCCAGGCAUGGCGGCGGGCCUUCUACUCGGACCUCAAGGGGUACACAAACAAUUGGGUGGGCACCGACGUGUGCGCCUACAACGGCGUCAUCUGCACGAAUGCGUUGGACGAGCCCAACACCACGGUGGUGGCCGGCAUCGACCUCAACGGCGCCGACAUCGCCGGCUACCUGCCCCCCGAACUCGGGCUCCUCACCGACCUCGCCUUCUUCCACAUCAACACCAACCGCUUCUGCGGGAUCAUCCCUCGGACAAUGUCCCGCCUCACCAUCCUCCACGAGUUCGACGUCAGCAACAACCGCUUCGUCGGCGUCUUCCCCUACGUCUGCCUCGACAUGGUCUCCCUCAAGUACCUCGACAUCCGCUUCAACGACUUCGAGGGCGACCUCCCGCCGAAGCUCUUCAACAAGGACCUCGACGCCGUCUUCGUCAACAGCAACCGCUUCGUGGGCCCUAUCCCAGAGACCCUCGGCAACUCCACCGCCUCUGUCGUCGUGUUCGCCAACAACAAGCUCGUUGGUUGUAUACCCAAGAGCAUCGGCCGCAUGGUCAAGACACUCGACGAGAUCAUCUUCCUCAACAACAAGCUUGACGGCUGUCUGCCGCUCGAGAUCGGGCUUCUGAAGAACACCACGGUCGUCGAUGUCUCCGGCAAUGGCUUUGUCGGCACACUGCCCAAGGAGAUCGCCAACAUCGACAAGCUGGAGCAGCUCGACGUGUCCAGGAACAUGUUCAGUGGCAUCCUACACGAGUCCAUCUGCCAGCUCCCGGCGCUCGUCAACUUCAGCUUCGCCUUCAACUUCUUCAACUCCGAGUCUGCCCCUUGCAUGCCAUCAGACAAGGCCGAGGUGAACCUCGACGACAGAGACAACUGCCUCGGCGCGCUCCGCCCGGCACAGAAGACCACGCUGCAAUGCGCACCCGUGCUCGCGCGCCCCGUUGACUGCAGCAAACAUGCGUGUGCCGGUUACCCGACGUCGGCGCAUCCUCCUAUCGUCGGUCCAUAUAUGCCAGGAGGAUCACCAAAACUGGCACCAGUUGUGCCGGGUCCAAUUAUUUCGCCAUACAUGCCUGAGAACCCAACACCACCUCCGGUGCCUCUCCCUAAGACCUCACCGCCGGCAGGCCAUGCUGCUCCGCCACCUCCUAGUGCCGACUGGCUCCCUGGAACCCCUGAGCGCGAGAGGUCACCGCCGCCAGAAGUACAACCUCCUCCUGUUGUCCUCUCACCACCACCGGCUCCCGUCAAGACAUAUUCUCCACCAAUUUUUGCAUCCCCACCACCAGCUCCAGUGACCUAUCCACCUCCUCCGGUGAAGUUACCCCCGCCACCCGCUCCAGUGAGCUCUCCACCUCCCUCGGUGAAGUCUCCACCACCACCAGCUCCAGUGAGCUCCCCACCUCCUCCAGUCCAGUCUCCUCCACCACCCGCCCCCGUGAGCUCUCCUCCUCCUCCACCUCCUCUCGUGAACUCUCCUCCACCACCCGCCCCCGUGAGCUCUCCUCCUCCUCCGAUGAAGUCUCCGCCACCACCCGCGCCCGUGAGUUCUCCCCCUCCUCCGGUAAAGUCCCCUCCACCACCGGCACCGGUGAGCUAUCCUCCACCCCCGAAGAAGUCUGAACCACCACCCGUUCCUGUGAUCUCUCCACCAGCCCCACAAAAGCCUCCACCUCAAGAGAAGACUCCACCGACACCCACUCCCAAGAUCUCCCUACCACCGCCACCUGCGGAGAAGAAGACCCUACCACCACCGGCACCUGUAACCUCACCACCACCUGCGGAGAAGAAGUCGCUGCCACCACCGGCACCUGUCGAAAAGAAGCCCCUACCACCACCGGCACCAGUUAGCUCACCGCCUCCGGAGGAGAAGAAAACUCUACCACCACCUGUUGAAGAGAAGAAAACUCUACCACCACCUGUGGAGGAGAAGAAAACGCUGCCACCACCUGUCGAGGAGAAGAAAACUCCGCCACCACCCGUCGAGGAGAAGAAAACUCGGCCACCACCCGUCGAGGAGAAGAAAACUCGGCCACCACCCGUCGAGGAGAAGAAAACUCUGCCACCACCUGUCGAGGAGAAGAAAACGCUCCCACCACCUGUCGAGGAGAAGAAAACGCUCCCACCACCUGUCGAGGAGAAGAAAACCCUACCACCGCCGGGCCCCGUACAAGUGAAGCCUCCGCCUACACCAGCUCCUGUGAGCUUGCCACCUCCUCCGGUGAAGUCUCCACCACCACCUGCCCCGGUCAGCUCGCCACCUCCUCCGGUGAAGUCUCCACCACCACCGGCUCCCGUCAGCUCGCCACCUCCUCCGGUGAAGUCUCCUCCUCCACCAGCACCAGUCAGCUCACCACCACCAGCCCCAGUGUCAUUGCCUCCUCCAGCACAAUCCCCACCACCGGCGAAAGAGGAAUCACAACCACCUCCCGCGGAAUCGCUUCCUCCACCGGCGUUCGAGAACUUCAUCAUGCCACCCGUCAGGGGGACCAAAUACAUGUCGCCACCACCUCCUCAGUUCCAAGGAUAUUAAGCGUGGCACUAUUGAGAGAAUUGACGACAUAGACGGCAGGGAGCAAAACCAAUUUGGGCAUAAUGAAAGCAUUCCAUGCACAUCCACACACACAUGUAACAAACUGUCAUUUGGCGGCUACGUGCAUUCAUGCAUGUAUACGUGACUAAUUAAUUCACUUCAAAUUUAAUUAUACACGAAUGUGUGUGUGUGUGUGUGGGAGAGUGUGCAAACUAAUUAAGUUGAGGCGGCCAAAUGUAUGAGGUAGGCAAUACAUGUGAUUCAUGAUGCCUUGUGUGUUCUCUUUCCUCUUAGACAAAUGUAACUCUUUUUUUCUGAGAAGAAGAUUGUUUGACAUCGAAGAAACAAAACCUAACAAUGUAAAAUGGUGUUCUGAUUUGUAUUAUUUUUUUGCUUUGGAGCUAGUUGUAAUAGCCCGAAACCAACCCUUUUCCUUUUAAGUCCUUUUGGACUUCUUUAUAAUUUAAUUAUUGUCAUCAUCUUGUCA